AUGUCUGUAAAGAAAGAUCCCCUUACGGACUGGGCGUGGGCGUCCGGAAUGUAUCCCUCCCCCUGGUGUCUGCAGCAAUCAGUCCCGCUGUGUGCCGCUGUGUUUGCAGCUCGAGUUGAACGUAACACAACAGCCCAGCCCAGCCCAGUCACCAUCACAGCAAUCACCCUGACGACCGUCCUUGAACGCUCUUGGUGUCUGUCGUGUUGUGUUGUGUCGUGUUGUCUUGUCUUGUCUUGUGUGUUGCGUCCCUCAGCUGUGAACGGGGCGACUGGGGCGGAGCUCGAGGUCAGGCUGCAGCAGGUCGCCGCCGCCUUCGCCCCCUUGCUGCACCACAAGAAGGACCUCCUCGACAUCCACAUCAAACAGGUAAAUUGCACGCACCUCUCACUCACACGCGCACCCUCACAGCGAAACAAACACACAAACAGAGAGACCGAGAGAUGUGUGCACGCAAGUGUUACAUACGUCAUUAUUGAGUUCUUUAUGGCUGCAGUGCGUGUGCAAGUGUGUGCGGCAGCAGCAGAAUGGAGGCGGCGACGACUCCCCCUGUGCUGGCAGCAGCUGCAGCAAGAGCCGCAAGAAGCCAAAAAAGCCCAAGAACGACAAGACCACCAAGGUCAAGAUCCCGCCGCUCACGAAGACGACGCUCUUCAAGCCGACCCCGAACAAGACCGACGCUGCCCCCCUGCGCCACCACCGGACAACGUCGUGCGUCAAGUUAGUGGCCAGGCCGCCACACACAGCACAGCACAGACAGACAGACAGACAGACAGAGAGAGACGAUUGCUUGAUUGAUGGUGUGGAUGGAUGGAUGGAUGUCAUGUGUGUCCAUCAAUUAAUGCGUGCAGGCGGAUGCAAGCGUGACGGCAACGGACGUGGGCGACUCUGAGAAGGACGCCAGGACCCCCCAGUUGGGCACGCCCAAGGACCACCACACACCUUCGCCCCCUGUCGGUGAGCGAGAGAAUGACUGAGUCGGCCGCCCACCUACCCAGAGGGAGAGGGAGAGGGAGAGGGGGAGAGAGAGAGGGAAGGGCCAUUCAUUAUGUCUCUCUUGUCAUCCAACCGUUAAUUCCCUCUCUGUGUGUGUGGGGGGUGCUGUUUGUGUGCCUUCAGGACCAGCACCCCCAGCACACCAGCAGCAGCCGCCGCCGCCCAGCCACCACACACACACUAGACGCGGUGAGUCGCGUCGCAGAGAGGAGAGAGAGAGAGAGGGCGGGCGGGCGGGCGGGCGGUGUGUGCGUUGAAGGCAUCGCAUCGCAUCCAUUUGUGGGCCUGCCUGGCUGCCUGGCUGCCUGGAUGCUUGUGUGGUGGUUUGCAUGUCUGUCUGUCUGUCUGUCUGUCUGUGCAGUCGUUGAGGUUGGACCACCCCGAUCAAGAUUGCCUGCGCCGGCCGGUGAGUGGAGUGAGCGGACGGGACGACUGUCUGUCCGACUGUCAUGUUGUAUGUAUGUGUUUCUUCGUCCUUGUGUGUCUGUCCCACGGCUGGGGUGGCGGGCAGCGGUCAAGCUGGACCAUCGGCUCGAGUUCCACGGGUGGGCAUGCACAUCGGCAAGGGCGGCUGCCACGUCAAGAAAGUCCAACACGACUUCGGGGUACGUGUGUACCUGGGUGGCGUCAGCGUCACGUCACGUCACACAACAUACACAUGCAUGGCAUGCCUUUCUGUGUGUGCGUGCGGCUGUGGUUGUCAGGUCAAGAUCCACGUGAUGCCGCCGCGCGACGGCAAGGCCAGGGUCCAGAUGUUCGGCCCCUCCCAGGACAAACUCGAGGCUGCGCGGGCGGCAUUCGAGUUUGUCAGGGAGGAGGUCAUCAUCAGCAAGGACGAGCUCAUCUGGCUCAAUCCCCCCCGCGACACCCCCAAGAAGCAGCAGCAGUACUACCACGGCAGGGGGCGGCUGAGCGGGCGUGAGGUGGCCGAGGCCACGGGCGUGUCAUCCAUGACGUAAGUAACAUACGAUACAUAUGUACAAUACACAAGGAACACUUUGUCUUCUCUUCUCUCUGUGGAUGGGUGGUGCGCAGAUCGCUGCCUGCAUUUUAUAUUCGAUCGGCCGAUGACGACUUCGAACCGCACUGCCUUGCUACAUAGCCCUUUGCACAUCGACGUGAGCUGCCGAAAUACUCUAUGCUGAUCAAGUCGUGUGUACGUCUCUCGUGUCUGUGAAUGCAUGUCUACAGUACCUGCAGGUGGAUGGCUGUCCAUCUUAAUCAUAUUUGUGGACUUAUCCGCGUGCGAUGAUGCAAUGAGUCUGUGCCCUGCCCGCCAGGUACGCAAGUGAGGGAGAAAGGAAGACGGUAUAGGGACUUCCUCGUGUCUCUUCUCUUCUCUGUGCGUUAACGCAUAUUUUGGCCGCUGCGGCGGCCACCGAGAGGUAUGUUGGUUGGCCAAGCUGCAGGACGACUACAUAUGGGCCGACGGAGCUCCAAGAGAAGACCCCACGACCAAUCAGGUCUGUCUGAUGCGCACGUCGAUUUGUACCACACACAGCAAAGCACUUGUGUUGGUGUGGGGGUGCGGCUGCAGCUGUCCGAUUUGCAGAAGCACUCCGACGAUAUCGACGCUGAGAAGAACACAAGAGUGCGCGUGUGCGGAAGUGUGUGGGUGUGUGUGCAGCUCCCUGAGUUGGUCAAGAGCUGGGAGGCAUACGAGACAUAGACACACACACGAGGGACGGGCAAUGUGUGUGUGGGUGGGUGUGUAGACGAGACCAUUGCCUUUGACGUGUAUGUGUGUGUGUGCGCGGUGUUGCGUUCCAUGGUCGGACCAGCAGUCAUUUUCGUGUCAUUUGUACGACGAAGC